AUGGCAACUCAGCGGCUUCGCGACUACUUCCACGUGCAUUACCAGCCGGGGGAGCGCAAGUUGAUUCAAAAGAUUGACUUCUUCAUUCUUACGUUCUGCUGCCUGAGCUAUCUAGUCAACUACCUUGACCGAACCAACCUUGCCAAUGCCUAUGUUUCCGGCAUGAGAGACGAGCUUGGCUUUGUUGGGAACCAGCUCAAUGUUAUCAACACCUGCUUCACCGUUGGUUACGUCUUGGGCCAAGUACCUUCAAACCUAUCGCUUCAAUAUGUCAAGCCUCGGAUCUGGUUUCCAUCCAUGAUGAUUCUUUGGGGAGGUUUAACGAUGGUGACGGCAUCUGUAAAGAAUCCUCAGUCAAUCAUGGCCAUCCGCUUCUUCCAGGGUAUCUGCGAGGCCUCGACAUUUGUCGGCACUCAUUAUAUCCUUGGCGCCUGGUAUACUGAACGUGAACUCGGCAAGCGCAGUGGGAUAUUCACAGCAUCUGGCCUCGCAGGGACCUUGAUUGGUGGCUUCAUCCAAACCGGCAUCCACAGAAGCCUCAAUGGCCGUCACGGACUUAGUGGAUGGCGAUGGCUUUUUAUCGUCGAUGGUUUACUCACAGUCCCCGUUGCCACCUACGGGUUCCUAUGCUUUCCUGAUACUCCGCAUACUACCACAGCGUUUUACUUGACUGACGACGAGCGUCGACUUGCGAAAUCUCGCGUCCCCCUUAUCGAAAAGGACUCUCCUCUGACCCUUGCUUUUGCAAAGAAGGUAUUGAUUUCGUGGUAUUGGUGGGGAUUUGUUAUCCUUUGGAUCAUUGCUGGUGAGACAGAGUCUUUCAGCACUAAUGCGCUCCUGGCCAUGUUCUUGCAAAACCACCCUACUCAUACGUAUAGCGUGGCCCAAAUGAAUAAUUAUCCCACCGGCGUUGCUGCUGUUGGGAUCGUCUCGACGUUAUUCUGGGCCACCUUGACCGACUUCCUCGGCGGAAAGCGAUACCUGGUUGGCUACUUCAUUGGUUUGACGGGCCUGGCGACCUCUGCUAUGAUCCUCGUCGCAUCAAAGAAUCCGACAAGCUCUGCUUCGACUUCAAUUACUUUUGGUGCAUAUUAUUGGGCCGGUGCGGUCUAUGCCUGCCAGGCUACUUUCUUCGCGUGGUGCAACGAUGCAAUGCGCUAUGAAACGUCAGCCUUCCGGGGCGUUGUGCUUGCAGGCAUGAACCUCGGCAGCAAUGCCGUUAACGCCUGGUGGAGCAUUCUUUUCUACGGCGUGUCGAUGGCACCUUGGUUUACCCGCGGGAUGUGGGCAAUGAUUGCUAGUUCGAUCGCAUUGAUCAUCUGGACUCCGGGCUUGACAUAUCUGGUUCACAGGGCGUCGGCCAAAAAUGUCCUUGUUGCAGAAGGGGCUCCAAGCAUCGAAGACGUCAAGAUUGAGUCAAAGGAACAGAGUUCUGUUUAG